CUUGAAGGGAUCUGUUUUCAUUUACAACGUGAAGAAUUUUUUCGCAGUAUCGCUGACCAGCAGCUUGGCAAACUUUGAAAAUCUCAACCUACUGCACGCAGGUGUCUACUUCAGCCUGCCGGAGGAAAGCUUGUCGACUCCAAGACCGUACCGGUGACCUAAAAGCGCGGAUGGAAGUGCCUGGAGCGUUGGCCGUGGACGAGACUAGGGAAACGCGACAACGAAUGAGAGACGAAACGCUCCCUGGGGCAUGUCCGCUAGUGCUUGUUCGGCUUGGUAACAGAUAGAAAACUGACUUUUGUAAUUGGCCGAUGGGCUUCUCAACUCUCCGUAUUCAUGGUAUUCAAAGGCCGAGUAUAGUGCUCUAACAUCGACACCCGAAGAAUCCCUGCGGCCAGAGUUUUGUGCGGCGGAUUUUGUUUGCCCGGCCUGCGCUGUUGAGCAAGCAGGACGUGUCCAUGUUAUUCGAGUCCUCGGCAACGGCGGGCGCGCAUAGAGCCUAUCGUUCGUGCAGAUCGAAGAUCAUCGGUAGUAAAAGUACUGCCUCCGUGUCUGCGGGGGUAUAGUCAUUGCAGAUCUACGCCGUUGAAAGCAUGCCAACAUCGAGGAAGAGUCAUGUAAGAAUAAGAAGCACACGUGCACAGAGUGCAAGGACAGGCACGAUGUUGGUGUCUGACCUGUGCGCCGGUAAAGUGGAAAGGCGUUUAUUCGGGCUGCUGGCUGUGUACCUGCUGCUUGCUAUGGCUGUGCCUGGUGCCGCAGGAACAGAGCAUAUCUGCACACCAUUACAGACUGCCGAUGGAGGCGCCGAAGCGUUGUGCAACGGUCUGUACAACAGCACUAUGGCGUACGUGAACGGCACUCUGCGGCGGGCCGUUGUCGCCGAGCUCAAUCAGUUCGCCGGCAUCAUCCUGACAUCGUCCACGUGCCACGCGCACAUGCCGCUGUUCGUCUGCGCGUCUUUCCUGCCCGUGUGUCGCAGCACAAGCAGCAUGGCGGGUGGGAUUUCGGCGCACUCAUCCGUACUCUACCCGUGCGACGAAUUCUGCUCAGCAAUGGAGUUCUCCUGCUCCGACCUGUUCGUCGCAAACCGAUUUGUUUGGCCGGUGCGGUUCAACUGCAACGACACGACUAGGUAUCCGAGGAAGGCGGACAACCGCACCGACUGCCUAGUACUGCCUCCUCUCCCGCCGAGUGUGGGUCCAGUGAGCACGACGUUGAUCCCCGUGACAGCCAACAUGUCCGGAAUGGGAUCCCGGCCCUGCAAUGGCGACUACUACUUUCAGGCGGAGAACCGUUCGUUCAUCACGCUAUGGAUCGCCAUCUGGUCUGUACUUUGCCUUUUGUCGUCGCUUAUCACGGUGGCCACGUUCUUCAUGGAUCGAGAACGCUUCAACUACCCGGAGAAGCCAAUCGUAUUUCUCAGCCUCUCCUACAGCAUAUUUUCGUUGGCAUUCAUUGCAAGGUUAAUUGCUGGAGAUACAGUUCUGGUGUGCUCUGGCUCUGAGCUGGUCAACGCUGGCACCAACUCUGGCCCGUGCACGAUCAUCGCUCUGCUACUGUACUUCUCAUGGAUGGCAUCGUACAGCUGGUGGCUGGUCUUGACGCUGACCUGGCUGCUGGCUGCCGGCUUCAAGUGGGGAACAGAGGCCAUUGCCAAGCACUCCACACACUUCCACAUCAUUGCCUGGGGUGCUCCAGCCCUGAAGACCCUCGUACUCGUGGCCACGGAGAAUGUGGAUGCGGACGAGCUUGCCCGCGUCUGCUCGGUUGGAAAUUUCAAGAAGUCGUCGCUUCUGGGCUUCGUGAUCAUACCCAUCUCCGUCUACUUGGCAAUAGGAACGCUGUUCAUUAUCAUCGGCAUUGCGUCGCUGAUCCGAAUACGUACAAUGAUGAAGGACGGCGGCCGCAGCACUCAGAAACUGGAGCAGCUGAUCGUGCGCAUAGGCAUCCUGUCUGUGUUUUACACUGGGCCGGCCAGCGUGGUUCUCGGCAUCUAUGCCCACGAGUAUGCCGACCGGGAUCACUGGCGCACGCACUGCACCGAGCCACUGUGCCGACCAGGCUGCACAGGCACGCACUGCGAUGCUCCGAUAUUCGCCGUCUACGUCGUCAAGUACUUCAUGCUGCUGGUGGUGGGCGUAACGUCCAGCGUCUGGAUUUGGUCGGGCAAGACGGUCGCGUCUUGGAAACGAUUCACGCGCCGCCUGUGUCGCAGGAAGUCGCGCUCGGCGGACCUGCACUCCCGACGCGUCAGUCACCUGUCAAUGGAGGGCAGCUACGUGCGUAAUCCAAUGAGACACAGCAAUGGCGGUGGUAGCGUCAAGGUGCACCGGUCGCAUGGCGGCGGCGGUGGCGUGAGCAACGGUCGUCCCUCUCAGGCACCACCGGUGCACAGCAUCGGGCGCGGAUCACAGGCGCCAACCCACAGUAUCACGCAGGUAUGAGAAUAUGUAGUGACCCACGCACAGUGUCACACAGGUAUGACAACUGUAGUGACCCACGCACAGUGUCACACAGGUAUGACAACUGUAGUUGUAUCCAACUGCUGUACCACACUGCCUUUUCUUUUUUGCUGCGCUAUCUGAGAAGCAACUUGAGCGAAGUGAUUCAAAAAUACUGGA